UGAGCUGGGAUGAGGAUUCACUCCUUUACUCCGACCAUGGGAGCUGCGAUCAAGUUUAAGGAUGCAAAGCAGCAAGGGGUGCCAGUAGUGGUGGCUGGUGCUGGCAGGUGAUGGAGAUGACCUGGUGGGGAGCAGAGCUGGGUGAUCGCUGGGGCUGGCAGAAGUGCUCCGAGGCAGAUUCACUGCAACAGGAUGGGAUUUAUCUUCUCCUGGGACCAGAGAGCCAGCAGACAGCCUGUGCUGGCUCCAAGAGCUGCUCUGGGUGGUGCCCGCUGCAGCACACCGUUGCACACCAGGACUUAGGAAGGACCUACAUGGAUUUUUUUUUUUUUUUUUCUCUAUCCCCCAAUCCAAAGCACUUUUCCAAGUUCAGCUUCCAUCACUGCAUCCAUUCCAGCUCAGGACCCCUCCCGGCAGGAUGGGAACCAUGAUGCUGGUACUGUGUUUGCUGACCAUGGCUCUCCCGUGCCCAGCCACUGCCAUGCUGCGCAUCGGCGCCUUCAACAUUCAGGCCUUUGGAGACACCAAGAUGUCCAACGAGGAUGUGGCAGGCAUCAUCGUCAAUAUCCUGUGCCGCUACGAUGUAGCACUGGUGCAGGAGGUGCGCGACUCCGACCUCAGUGCUGUCACCCAACUCAUGGAGCAGCUUAACAGUGUGUCCCCAUCCCCGUAUGACUAUGAGAUCAGUGGCCCCCUGGGACGGGACAACUAUAAGGAGAUGUACCUCUUUGUCUACAGGACAGACACCAUAUCUGUGGUGGACACCUACCAAUAUGAGGACCCCGAGGACGUCUUCAGCAGGGAGCCAUUCAUCCUGAGGGUCUCAGCGCCCCACACCAAGGCAGAGGAGUUUGUGCUGGUGCCGCUGCAUUCAGCCCCACACAAUGCUGUCACCGAGAUCGACGCGCUCUAUGACGUCUACCUUGCCAUCGUUAGCAAGUGGGGGACUGACAACAUCAUGUUCCUGGGGGACUUCAACGCUGACUGCGCCUACGUCCAGCCAAGUGACUGGUCAGCCAUCCGCCUACGCACCAGCGAUGUGUUCAAGUGGCUGAUCCCCAACAGCGCCGACACCACUGUUGGGAAAUCCGACUGCGCCUAUGACAGGAUCGUGGUGUGUGGUGCCAAGCUGAAGAGAAGCAUCGUGCCAAAUUCAGCUGCCAUCUACAAUUUCCAGCGUGCUUUCCAGCUGGAGCGGGACAAGGCCCUGGCAGUCAGCGACCACUACCCGGUCGAGGUGAAGCUGACAGCUUGA